AUGGAUCCAUCAUUGUUGAUCUUAACUUUGAGUAUUUGCUUUUGUUUCCUUGCUAUUUCCGUACAAUCUCAACAAAAUGUGAGUCCUUUAUCACCACCACCAUCAUCACCACAACCUCCUCCGCCACGUCAGCAGAAUCACCAUCAUCCACCACCUCCAAAACCUUUGCUUUCUGCUCCAAAAUCGACAACCUCGGAUAGUAAAGACUCGAACCACAAUAAAAAUAACGAUAAAAAGCACCAUACAUUGAAAAAGAAGCCAAAAUGGGGGAAGAAACUAGGAUUUAUGUUUGUGGGUGCUGCUGGGAUAUUGCAGGUGUGUGUGCUGGUGUUCUUGCUAAUCAAGAGAAGACAAUUGUUAAAGGCUGAAAGGAACAUUUGA